AUGUCUUCUUGGCUCUCGUUCUCUCUCCCUAACCCUUUCCAAUCCGACAAUCAAAACCCCUCGUCCCCACCGGAAGACACUAAACCUCUCUCACCCAAUCACAACCCACCUCCUCACUCCUCCGGCGUGAAGGACGACCUCUCCGUCCUCUCCCAAACCCUCACCCACCACCUCCGCGGCGUCGCCGCCUUCCUCGCACCCCCUCCUCCCUCACAUUCCACCACCGCCGCCUCAGAUGAUGAAAAGGUGUCGUCUUCGCAAACGAUUCUCGGAAUUAAAAGCGAUUUAGUUGAAAUUGGGGGUAGUUUCAAGACGGGUCUUUCGGUCCUGUCUUCGAAUAAGGCUGUGUCUGAGAUCUCUCGGUUCGCUUCCAGCUUUUUACCGUUCCAAAACGCAGGCGAUGAGGCUGAAAGCGACGAAGACGAUGACAUGGUUGGAAUUGCUGAUGAAGUUGUGGACUUUGUAAUGCAAAUUUCAUUGCGGCCUGAGUGUUGGACCGAUUUCCCUUUGUCACUACCCAAUGUGUACAAUCCUACAUUGGGAAAGUAG